AUGAGUGGGUGUCCAUCUACUUUGUUUAGGGCUGGUUGGGUCAUUGGCAGCUGGAUAGAUGGCCAGGUUCCGGUUCCAAAAAGGUUCGUUGAGUUUCUACAACUUACCUACUCCGUACAACUAGGUACUUACCUACCUACAGUACUACCGCUAUACAUCCGCAAUCUGGCAGCAGCAGCCGGAGACCCGCAUGAAUUGAAAGCCGAAAGGCGGGCAAAUCGUUGGUACUACUGUGCCCGACAAGGUCACCCAUCUGAGAGCUUUCGGACGGGGUACCUGAUCACGACUUUUCCUGAUCACGACUUUUCCUACGGGUCGGAAGAUUUAUCAACGAGAUUCGACCAGGACUUCCAGAGGUUUACGGAGAUCGGUUCCGCGCUCUUCUCGAUCAUGGCGCCAAAUCAUUUUGGAACCGGGGAGCUUGUUGAUGUAUUCAACAGCUUGAGUUCAGACCCCAACACAGCUCCCGGCUUGCCUGGAUCUCUAGAACAUAAACGGGCGUUGGCAUUGGGGUCACUACUGGCUCAACUAACCGACCAAGAAGUCAUCAAUCUCCGAAUCCGUCUCAAUGCUAUGAAAACUCCAGAUAAACUAUUCGUGAGGCUUCCCUCAGAACUCCAAUUGCAGAUCCUCGCGCACCUCGACUUCGAGGACUUGUUCAGGAUCCGAAGGGUAUGCCGCUCCUGGAACGCAGCAUUGGGGACCGAAGACACCUGUCUGGAACUGCUCAAGAGGCACUUCCCCCGCAAGUACGAGCAGGAGUACCGCAGUCUGACGAGCGAUGGUUGCGCCGACAAUCUCAGCUCCGAGAAACUGAAGGCUAAGAAGGAGCUCAAGUUGUGGUUCGACAAGGCCGCUCUGGCGCGGAUCCGGCGAGCGCGAGGCCAGUAUCACUCGGUGAGAACAUUUCAUCAGCCGCAUCUGGGCGACUGGAGCCGGCGCGGUUUUUAUGGCCAUCCGCAAUACAAUAAUGGCCGCAUUGCCUAUCUCCGUGGUUGUUGGCGAGUCCUGGUGGUGAAGAGUCUGGAUUCGCCCGCCGAGGAGUGCUUCAUGGAUGAGAAUCGUCAUAAUUUUGCGCUGUGGUUGCUGUCGGACAAGUAUAUCGUGACUACAACCGACGAAUCAACAGAUCUACUAGCGUGGCCCCUGGAAAAUCUCGGUGCAGCCUACAAACGUGGGCCGCACGUUGUCAGACUGCCAAACCGUGCUAAGAAACUCUCUGCGCGUGGCGAUUGCGUUGCCAUCGUGAGUUGCAGCAACGAGGUCUUCCUCUGGGAUCUCAGGCUCCCCGGGCAGCCCCUACGACAGGUAGAAGUCCCGAUACAGUUUCCAGAGACGCGGAUCGUCGACGUAGUCUUCAACGCCUAUGAUGAAAAUAUCUUCUUCGUCUGCACAUUACGAAACGCCUUUGCUUCAUUCAUGAAACAUAUCCAGAUGCGUGAAAUCCAAGACGGAACCCAAGUCUCGACCUACGAGAUCGAUCUCGCGAACGCAGACCCAAACCACGAUUGCAUCUCAGUACAGCCCCUUCACGACAGCGUCAUACUCCUCGCUCAAGAGCACGACAGCCACCUAUUCUCCGUUGAGCACACCACCCUCUCAAAUACAGAGCGGCGUAUCGGAAGUGCGGCUGCACAGAAGUGCGAGCAUCUGACCUUCGACAUGGAGAGCAAGGAGUUUGAAAGACACGCUAGCUACGCAGGCUCCGGCUCCGGCGCAAAUUGGCGAAACUGUUCUUUUGAGCCGGAGAGGGAGAAUUGUAUCAAGGUUGGGGCGGUGUCAUCUAAGGUUACUACGGUGCUGCUUGGGGAUGAUCGGUUCGUGGUAUUGUUUGGGAAAAAGGGGUAUGCGGUUUGGUGUUUCGAACCGGAUGUCAAGCCGAGUGAGGUUUGA